AACAGACGGCAGUUUGUUACUGAAAAUGAGUAACUCCCUUUUGUCGCAAGAAAGUUGGUCUGGACGUCUCUACACUGCUGCUGAUAUUGCGAUUAUUGGUGCUGGGCUGUCGGGUUUGACAGCAGCAUAUAGGAUUUUAAAGAAGGACCCAAGUCUGCGUGUAAUUGUGCUAGAAGCGAAGGAUGAUGUCGGGGGACGGACGCAGACAGUGCUACUAAAAGUUGCUGGUGGAGGCAAAGAACCAUUUGAUGUUGGUGGCCAAUGGGUUGACUCUGGACAAGAUGAUAUAAUGCUGUUACUGGAUGAGUUAGAAAUAACUAGCUUCCCACAAUACAGAGAUGGAAAAAAAGUUUUUGAAUUUGGAGCACAUUUGAAAACAGAAGACAAUUGUUUUAUUCCAGCCUGUUCGUGGUACUGUCGUUUUCAACUGAACAGCUUUGUACGUAAGGUUGAGAAUAUAAUGAAAAGAAUCAACUGGAAUGAGCCAUUAGAAGAUCCGUAUGUUAAAGAAUUAGACAGCAUGACGCUGGAAACUUUUCUCAACUGCCAUCUUCAAACACAAUUAGCUGUUGGUAUCAUGAAAUCAUUCAUUCAGACUUGCAUAGGGGCUGAGUCUUCUCAGAUUUCGGCAUUAUAUUUUAUAUCAUUUGUAAAUGGAAAGCAAGGAUUUAUAAACAAGCUGAAACUGAUAUUCCCAGGGGACGACACCCAAAGAAUUAUGAAUGGUGCACAUUAUAUAUCAAUGAGGCUUGCUGAGGAAAUUGGAGAUUCUUUGGAACUGGGUGAUAACGUUAUAGAAGUAGUUCAGCUUGAUGAAACAGUUGACAUUAUGACAGCAAGUCAAAAAUUAUAUCGGUGUCAAUAUGCAAUAAUGGCAAUACCACCAAGUGAGGUGCAGAAAAUAUAUUUCAUGCCACCUUUGCCAGCUCAACACAAGAAGCUCUUAGAUCACUUUCCUGCUGGCCAUAUGAUAAAAUUUGUGGCAACCUACAAUGAGGCUGAAAAACGAAAGCAGUUGGUAUUACAUCAUCUUUUGAAACUGUUUGGAGAGGAAGCUUUAAAACCUAUUGAUUAUGUAGAAAAAAACUGGUGUGAAGAAUUAUACAUUGGUGGAUGCCCAAUUCAAUAUCUUACUCCUGGUGUUAUGUCAUGCAAACAUUUCAUGAGGCAACCCUUUAUAAGGGUGUACUGGGCUGGAACAGAGGCUGCUGUAUCAUGGUUCGGAUACAUGAAUGGUGCUGUGCAGGCUGGGAAUGUGGCAGCAUUGGAGACUUUAUAUCAACUAAGACCACAGUGUCUCACAGCUCUUGACCUGAUACAAGUUCACAGUUUUAAGAUAUUGAGAAAUCCACCAGUCUCAGAUGAUGAAUUUAUUGUAUCUGCUAGUGGUUCCACAAUAACUGUUGCACUAGCUUUGAUGGCAGUACCUGGUAUCUCAUCAGCACCUACAGAAGAUUUAUUAGGCAAUCUUUUAAUGAUGUUGACACUUCCUCAGCUGUCACUGAAUACAUGA